AUGGCUGGAGGUCCCUGGAAUAAAGGUGGAUCUGCCCAUUUGGCAGAGGCUGCAGCAGAUGUCGCAUUCGAUUUCCGAAGCGAUGUUGUGACGGUCCCGACUGAAUCAAUGCUGCGCGCUGUUUGGCAUACAACCUACAAAGAUGAUGUACAUCGUGAAGACGCCACAACUGAAUCGUUCCAAAGGGACAUGGCCGCUAUGACUGGGCACGAAGCCGGUCUCUUUGUCCUUUCCGGGACGAUGGGAAACGGGCUUGCAUUGCGUUCACUCCUUUCUCAGCCACCAUACGCCAUACUAGUUGACGCACGCUCGAAUGUGCUGAACUGGGAGACCGGCCACGUGGCUAGUUCGACGGGUGCGCUUGUACAACCAGUCGAAGCUCGCCGGAACGGGAAAUACUUGACGCUAGAAGAUAUCCUUGACCACGUUGUUCUCGAUGAGUCUGUCACAUCAUGCCCUACUCGAGUUAUCGCGUUGGAGAACACUCUCCAUGGGAUGAUUAUGCCGUUGAUCGAAGUCCGAAGAAUUGCAAGUUUUGCACGCGAACAUGGCGUGAAGCUACAUCUGGAUGGCGCUCGACUAUUUGACGCUUCCGUUGCAGGCGCCGGUAGCCUGGCUGACUAUUGUCGCGAAUUUGAUACUGUUUCCCUGUGCUUCUCAAAGGGCCUUGGCGCCCCCGUGGGCAGUAUGCUCGUAGCUGGCGAACAAGUCAUUCGACAGGCCAGAAAGCUGAGACAAAGUAUUGGAGGAGGGCUUCACCAAGCCGGUAUAUUGACAGCUAUGGCUCGGGUUGCACUCUUUGAAAUAUUCGGAGACGGAGCUGACGGUCAACAUUCUGUACUUGCAACCUGUCACCAAAAGGCGGCACAGAUCGCUGAGCUCUGGGUCCGAUCUGGUGGCAAGCUUCUGAAGCCUGCGGAGACAUGCAUGGUGUUUCUGGACCUUCAGUCAGCAGGCCUGUCCAAGCCUGACUUGGUCAGUAUGGCAGCUGAGCAGGGUCUAAGGAUUAUGAGCGAACGAUUGGUUGUUCACCACCGUAAGUAUUCGCCUCAUAGUACUUACUGCUGUUUGACACUCACUGACCAUCCACGUAGAGAUCACCAACGAGGCGAUCCCACGUCUUGA